AGAUGUCUCAACCGUUAUAAAUCAUCGGUUAAUCACCGAUCCUAAUCUUUUAAUUUCCUCAAUCAAAUAUGUAUAUAUAUUCAAGCGCAUUUAUUUACUCGAACUAUUCAGUUUUUGUUUCCAUAGAACCAUGGCAGCUUGCUCGUCUCAGCAGCAACAGUAUUCUUGGCAAGACUGUAAUGAUUUCCAGUUGCCAGAAAAUUCGGUGUGGUAUGGCAAAGACGAUGAUGGAAGCGACAUUUUUUGUGGUAAGGCUUGGUGUGAUGGACAAGAAGUUCCAGCUAAAAUAAUACCUCAAAGAAAAGAAUGUAGGAUCAUUCACAACGGAUCUGAGAGAGUUGUGCCAAGAUGUAGAAAGGUACUAAUAUGUCGUGGAUCCGACGAAGAUCAAUGCAAUCGAAGAAGGGACCACUGCCAUAGACGCAAACAUCACCAUCAUCAUAGAGGUGAUUGCUCUAGUGAAAGUGAAAGUGAAGAGGAGACUACUACUACCACUACUACCUCUUCUAGUAAUAACGAGAGCCGAUUGCUCAUUAGAAGCAUCAAGUGUAGCAGCACCUCAAGCACUACUGUCGUGAAGAAAGAUAAGAAGAAACGCAAGAAGAAGAACCGUACUCAAUGUUGGGAUGAAAGGCGUACCCGUAUGGUGCCGAAAGUAACUGUCGAACCGAGAGUGCGUUACAUUCCCAAGGUCACUAUGGAACGAACUGUCCGUUACGAACCUGAGACGUACGUUACCAAGGUCUGCUGCGAUGACAGAUGCGAACCCUGCGAGCCUUGCGAGCCUUGUGAACCAUGUGAGUGCGAACCUUGCGAAGAUACUUGCCGCCAAGAAGACAGAUGUAGGGAGACCAUAGUUUGUGAACGUUCUACUGCAAAGAAAGGAGGAGAUAGAUGCGUUCGACCCAGUAGAUGCGAUCCACCUUCGCCUCAACCCAAGGCCAAAUGCUGGUAGAUGAUGGAAGGUUGCAGGAUAUGAAUAAAUCAAUUAUAUUUCACUAGAAAUUUCCAAUGACGUGUUUACUGAGUUAUGCAUUAUAAUAAAGUUUUAUCGAGCAUCA